AUGCAGGUCAGGACCUUCGCCGCUGCCGCUACCGAGAACGUCAGGGCCCCCGUCGCCGUGUUUGGCCUCGACGGAACUUAUGCCACUGCCCUUUACACCGCCGCCGUCAAGACCUCGACCCUCGACCCCACGGCCAAGGCCCUCAGCACCCUCGGUCAGAUCUUCGCCAGGGACGCCAAGCUCCAGAGCAUUCUUGCCGCGCCGACCCUUAGCGCCGAGGACAAGUCCGCCAUCGUUGCCGAGCUCGCGAAGCAGGCCGGUGCUGGCGGCGAGACCGUCAACAACUUCCUCGCUGCUCUCGCCGAGAACAACCGCCUCGGCCUCCUCGGCGGUGUCUGCGAAAAGUUCAACACCCUGAUGUCGGCGGCGCGUGGUGAGGUCGAGAUGCGUGUCACUAGCGCUCAGGCUCUUGACACCAAGACCCUCAACCGCCUCGAGACCGCCGUUGCCAAGUCCGAGUACGUCGGUGCUGGCAAGAAGCUCAAGGUUACCAACGAGGUCAACCCCGAGAUCCUUGGCGGCCUCAUUGUCGAGAUUGGCGACCGAACAAUCGACCGCAGCGUCUCCGCUCGCCUUGCGAAGCUUAACAAGCUCCUCACUGACUCCCUGUAA